AACAAAAACAAAAAAAUAUGUUCACAUUAACAUCAAAUGUAUGGACACAGCAAUCGUUAUUCCUAAUCAUUAUUAUUAAAUAUCGAUAGUUGCUUAGACAAUUUCUAAAGCUGUGAUUAAAAUCUUGUUGUGCAAUAAGCAAAGCUUACAAGUGACUCAGCUACAUAAAUAAGCCACCAAUCAAAGUUCCCAAUAAGUCAUACAAUGGGCAAAAACUACUAUGAAAUUCUUGGCAUCAACAGGACAGCAAGUGAUGAGGAAAUCAAAAAAGGUUACAAGCGGAUGGCCCUUAAGUAUCAUCCAGAUAAAAAUGACCACCCUGAGGCUGCAAACCGCUUCAAGGAAGUUGCAGCAGCAUUCGAAAUACUAUCAAACAAGGAAAAACGAGAGUUAUACGACCAAUAUGGGGAAGAGGGACUCAAAAACGGUGGUGGCCAAAAUACUUUCGCACAACCAUCAGCUGAUAUGCUGCCGUUUAUGUGUGCCGUUGGCGGAACAGUUUUGUUUGCUUUUGCUGCGUUCAAAACAUUUCAAUAUUUUACAAAGAAACCUGAACCGAAUAGCGAUAGUGAUACAAGUGAAUGAGUCACUAAAAAAAUUAUUGUGCUUAAUUCUAAUGCUAAUAUAUAAAUACUUAUAAAAUAGUUGUUAUUAUUGUAUACAUUUAUAUACAUUUAAUUAAAUCGGCGCAAU